AUGUAAUGUACUGAGUAUUAUGAACUGCCAUGUUAAAAUUGUUGUGCAAGAGGAUGGGGUUUGAUAGUGCAGGGCAGGGGCGGACUGACAACUCAUGGGGCCCCCGGGCAAUAGGGGAUCAUGGGGCCCCUGUGUCCUUGCCCAAACUCAAAAAAGCCUAUGAAAAAGGUACCAGGGGCAUCUCAUGGGGCCCCCUACUGACCCCAGGCCCCCGGGCAGUGCCUGAGUUUUCAAAUGGUCAGUCUGCCCCUGGU